GACCCUCACCUCUGGAUGUGCUCUGACGUGUGUGUGUGUCUUUUGGACAAAAGGGGUGUUUUACCUGUCGUCCAAUCAGCACAGCACAUAAAACAGCUGGUAUUUGUGCAUGAGGGUUCUUUUGAUGAUCAGAAACCCGUCAAGAGCUUCAGCAUGACAUCCUAUACAGACAAAGGAGAGAAGCACGAGAAAGGGAAGUUUGUCAGAUUUCACCAUGUGACAUUCUGGGUGGGCAAUGCCAAACAGGCUGCGGUGUUCUACUGUGAUAAGUUUGGCUUCGAGCCAAUGGCGUAUAGAGGACUGGAGACGGGCAGUCGAGGAGUGGUGUCGCACGCCAUCAGAGAGGACAAGAUAAUAUUUGUGUUCGAGUCUGCCCUGAAUCCUGGAAAUGAGGAAAUGGGUGAACAUCUUGUAAAACAUGGUGAUGGGGUGAAGGAUGUGGCAUUUCAGGUGGAAGACUGUGAUUUUUUAGUGAAGAAAGCUAAAGAGAGAGGAGCGGUGAUCGUCAAAGAGCCCUGGGUGGAGCAAGAUUCUGGCGGGAAAGUCAAAUAUGCCGUAAUUCAAACAUAUGGGGAUACGACACACACAUUUAUUGAGUACAUGGGGCCGUAUAAAGGUCUGUUUCUUCCUGGAUAUCACAAGCCGCUCUUCAAAGACCCUCUGUUACCAAAACUGCCACCAGGACUCUUAAAUUUUAUUGAUCACAUUGUGGGAAACCAGCCAAAUGAUCAAAUGGUGCCAGUAACGGACUGGUAUCAGAAGUGUCUGAUGUUUCACAGGUUCUGGUCCAUCGACGAUAAGCAGAUUCACACGGAGUACAGCGCUCUCCGCUCCAUCGUGGUUACAAAUUACGAGGAAACCAUCAAGAUGCCCAUCAAUGAACCAGCACCGGGAAAGAAGAUUUCACAAAUCCAGGAGUAUGUCGACUACAACGGAGGGCCAGGAGUUCAACAUAUAGCCCUCAACACAUCAGACAUCAUUCAAGCGAUUGUGAACCUCAGAGCUCGAGGAAUGGAGUUCCUGUCCACUCCUGAUACCUACUAUGACGCUCUACGACAGAAUCUCAAGACUGCGAAGAUCAAAGUGAAGGAAGACCUCAAAAGACUGCAGGAGUUAAAAAUCUUAGUGGACUUUGACGAGAAGGGCUACCUGCUCCAGAUCUUCACCAAACCUGUGCAGGACAGACCCACGCUCUUUCUGGAGGUGAUCCAAAGGAACAAUCACUUUGGGUUUGGAGCGGGAAACUUCAAAUCACUGUUUGAGGCCAUUGAAAAGGACCAGGACGCCAGAGGAAACCUGACGGUGCUCACAUCAGAGGGCGCGGGCGUGCCGCAGGCUAUUUACUGAAUCGCACACAACGGGCCACUCAAACACUACUGCAUGAAUACACACUAGUGGUCAACACAGUAGCGUUUGUGCUGGGGUCAAAUGUUAAUCAUAAAGGUCCAAUGCCAUCCAGAACACUGGACCUCUAGGACAUUAAUAAAUACAUUCAUAUAUGAAA